CCUUCAUCUCACCUCCAGCCAGCCUGAGCACCCUCCUCCUCCUGCUCUUGGAUCGCACAGCCUGCCUGCUCUCGUCCACUUUCUCUUUUUCACUCUCUCUUCAAACCUCUCGCUCUUUCUCUGCUCUCUCCCGUCUUUUACCUCUCUUUCUGUCUCUCUCUCUCUCUCUCUCUGUCCUUCACUUCCCUUCAGCUGCCAGAAGCUCGCUGGCUCGCCGCUCUUCCUUCAACCACUGAGGUUUCAGAAGCACUCGGGACGAAGACUCUGUCACCGGAGCCAAGAUGGCAAUGAGCAGCAUCCUCAACGCUGAUGACAUCAAAAAAGCUUUAGAUGCAUUUGCAGUUGCUGACUCCUUUGACCAUAAGAAGUUUUUUGAGAUGGUGGGUCUGAAGGCCAAGUCUUGUGAUGAUGUGAAGAAGGUCUUCACGGUGCUGGACGCCGACAACAGCGGCUUCAUAGAGGAGGAGGAGCUCAAAUUCGUGCUGAAGGGUUUUGCCAAAGACGGCAGGGACCUGACGGACAAAGAAACCAAAGCUUUUUUAAGAGCAGCCGACAAGGACGGAGACGGCAAGAUCGGAGUCGAUGAAUUUGCCGCCCUGGUGAAAGAAUAAAUCAUCAAAUCACCUCGUGUGACCGACUAGCGCUCCGAGAUUCACCUCCUCGCCACCGCCUCAUCCUGACACCCCCCCCCCUCCCACGCUGAGCCCACUUUUUCUCCCGCUCCCCCAGCACCUCCACCCUGACUCCCGGCCCACUACACUGCAGCUGACCCCCCCCCCCCCCUCCCCUCCCCCACAAGCUAUCCUAUUUAUUUUAUCCUUUUUAUACAAACUGUUUCUUGUUUCCGUUGAUGUGUAGAAAUAAAACUCACCUGCAGGAAUAAACUUCACAUUUUAAAGCUUAAAGUAGAUAUUUACAGAAAACAGAGAUUUUAAGAGAAAGACUCUCAUUUCCUUUUCUCUUCGUUUUUCUUAGUCAACACUUUUCUGUCACUUUCCCUCUUUCUUUUUCCUGUUUUUUCUCUCCUCUCCGUCGAUUUCACCUCAGGCACCUUUCCUCUUCCUGCAUUCGCUCCCUUCUUUCCCCUCCCACACAUCUAUCUACUCAUCCUCCAUCCAUCCCUUUCUCCUCUGGUAAUGAGCUGUUGUAAAACAUACCAAAAGAAGAAAGAGGUCAAGCUGUGAAAGAAUAAAAAUAAAAUGAAGAAAACAAAGCCUGGAGAACACUGA